AAAUUACUUGUAAGCUAUCCUUUUCCAUCCUUACCUAGAAGUGCUGUGGUAAACUUUCCUUAUCAGUUUUACAGAUUUCGUUUUCAUCUUUUGUUUAAAGACACUUUCAAUUAUUGCUAUCUUUUGGUUUUCUUUAGUACUUGAAUUUCAAAAUGAUUGACUCUGAGGCGAUAAUGAAAAGUGCACCUUUUCAGGGUGAUUCAAGCUACAAUCUUUCAAACACUACACCAGAGUUAUUGAAAUUCCAACUCCAGGAAGAGCACAAGUCAAAGCUUGCACAACUUGAAAAUGAUGACUCUACUCACCAAUAUACCUACAACGAAGACUAUAUUAAUUCUUCUUUCAACAAUCACUUGCAAACGAAAUUAGAUGAGGGUGACAUUUUGAUUGAAGAGAUUCCCAGUUUAGUAUCCACUCCUGGAAGUGACUCGGAUGCUUCAGAAGCUCUGAUUGACUCAAGUAGGAAAUUAAAUUAUCUCAACUUGAAGGUUUUAAUUGAAAACUCCGUCUUUGAAAUCAAUAAACUUGGUACAAAGCUGUUGAUAUCUUUGAACUCAGUUAAGAAGCUCAAACAGGUUUUGGAAGAGAAGACAGAGUUGAAAAAGUUCUACUUGUCUAAAUUAGCAGUAUCCCAACAGUUCAUUGCAAAUGUGGUUGACGAGGAUGUUGAUUCUUCCAUUUUAUUUAAGAUUGUCAAGACCAACAAUUUGCUAAACACAAAGCUAAUUGAAUUAAGUGAAGAAAUUGGGGAAUUAUCUUUGAGAUUGAGCAAUCAUAAUUUAUCUUGUCUCUUGUUGGGUUAUAUUGAAGAUAUCAAAAUAUCCAACAACAUGAACUUAAAUUCUGGGAAUACAAGUGCAAACUACAAAUUAAUUUUUGAUAAACUUAUAGGCUACGUUGCAUCCCUCUCUGUUCAGAAGAAUAUUAAUCUUCCUCCCCCGAAUGAUGAGAAUGAUUCUGCCGAAGAAAAGUUCAACUGGCUAAAGAAAUGUGUGGAUACAUUGAUUUCUUCACCAGUUUCCUCUACUCAAUUUGGACAUUCAUUGACCAAUUUGACGGUCCCUACUGCAUCUUCCUCAAGAGAAAAUAGUCCCAGAGCUUUUGGUAACGAUGUAACAGAUAUGAACAACACAUCUAUCUUGAACGAGUCUUCAAUAUUUUCCAUCAACCCGUCGAAUACUCCUGAUCAAAAGAUACUUAGCGAUUACAAAACUGCUUUAAAUGACUUGAGGUUCAGUCAUCAGUACUUGAUAAAAGAAUUCGAGUAUUCAAGAGAAAACUCGUUGAAGAUUAUUCAAGACUACCGUAAAAGAGUUUCUGCCUUGGAAAAAGAACUUCAAACGCAAAAGGGACAUGAUUCCCCAACUUCCACUGAUGAUAAUAGUUUCUCUAUUGCCGUGGCCAAGGACCAAGAAAUUGCCAAAUUAAAAAAACAAUUGAAUCUUUUGAAAAUAGACAAAUUGGGUGCACAAAAUGAAGAUGGUGAAGACGAUGAGAGAAUCAAGAGCAUGAGCAAUGGUAUUUUGCGAAAGGAAUUCAAAAAGAUGGUAAAUGACAUUCAGGAUCAAUAUGAAAUAGAGUUGAACCAAGAAAGGAUAUUGAGACAGAACCUUCAAAACGAGUUAUCUCAGUUAAAGAACUGAUUAAGGACAUUAUUGUAUACUGUGUACUUUUUUUGUAUAUUAGACAUGUUUGUGUUUCUCAAGUUGGUUAUGGUGUUUAAAUAAACUGAAAGUGAGAUACAGACGCUCUCAGAUGGAUGCAUUUGCUUUAAUUGAAAUGCUACUUUCGAAAAUUGAUUCAACUCCCAACUACACAAUUGAUAGGCCAAAAAGUUGACCUAUGCUUGUAAUUUAUCAAGAUAUUCACGAACAAGCAUCAAAAAUAAGAAAAUCUCUAACAAUUUCUGAUUAUUCCUAGUGCGUUCUUUUGACCGAGUUGCUCAUCUAUAAUGUUAUUCUACAAAU